AUGAUGUUCAACAAACCGGCGUUCCGGUGGAUCCACCUGAUGAUGGAGGAGAUGGGCACCGACAUCGCCUGCAUCAAGCUGGGCGGUGUCCACAUCAUCCCCAUCAGCUGCCCCAUGAUCGCCCGCGAGGUGCUGAAGAAACAGGAUGCUAACUUUGCUUCUCGCCCACUCACCUUCGCCUCCAAGACCUUCAGCGCCGGUUACCAGAACACCGUGCUGUCCCCCAACGGCGACCAGUGGAGGAAGAUGCGCCGCAUUCUUACCUCCGAAAUCAUCUGCCCCUCCCGCCACAAGUGGCUCCAUGACAAGCGUGCCGAGGAGGCCGGCAACCUCACCGGCUACGUCUACAACCUCGUCUCCGGCGGCGACGUCGACGUCAGGCACGUUGCGCGCCAUUACUGUGGCAACGUCAUCCGCCGCCUGGUCUUCAACAGACGCUAUUUUGGCGAGCCGCAGCCGGACGGCGGCCCCGGACCGCUAGAGGUGGAGCACAUGGACGCCGUGUUCACAUGCCUGGGACUGCUCUACGCCUUCUGUGUAUCCGACUACCUACCUUGGCUGCUGGGCCUCGACCUCGAUGGCCACGAGAAGAUGGUCAAGGAGGCCAACAAGAGGGUGAGCGGGCUUCACGACGAGGUCAUCGACGAGCGGUGGAGGCAGUGGAAGAGCGGCGAGAGGCAGGAGCCCGAGGAUUUCCUCGAUGUUCUCAUUACGCUCAAGGACACCCAUGCGAAACCGCUGCUCACCAUCGAGGAGGUCAAAGCUCAGUCGCAGGACAUGACGUUCGCAGCCGUGGACAACCCGUCCAACGCAGUGGAGUGGGCACUGGCAGAGACGGUGAGCAGCCCGGAACUGCUGCAGAAGGCUGUGGAGGAGAUGGACCGCGUCGUCGGCAGGGACCGGCUGAUGCAGGAAUCCGACAUCCCGCAGCUCAACUACCUCAAGGCCUGCAUCCGCGAGGCAUUCCGCCUGCACCCCGUCGCUGCAUUCAACCUACCCCAUAUCGCUCUCGGCGACACCACCAUCGCCGGCUACCACAUCCCCAGGGGCAGCCAUGUCAUCCUAAGUCGUAUCGGCCUCGGCCGCAACCCUAGAAUCUGGGACGACCCGCUCCGCUUCGACCCCGACCGCCACGUCCUCCUCUCCGAUCCCAAGGCACAAGUCACGCUCACCGAGAAUGACCUGCGCUUCAUCUCCUUCAGCACCGGCCGCCGUGGCUGCAUUGCGGCUUCGCUUGGCACUGCCAUGAGCAUGAUGCUGUUCGGCAGGCUCCUGCAGGGUUUCACCUGGAGCAAGCCUGCCAGUAUGGCCGUCGUUGACCUCCGCGAGUCCAGAAACGGCACCUUCAUGGCUGAGCCGCUGGUACUGCAUGCCGAGCACAGGCUACCAGCGCACCUCUACUCCAGUUAA